AUGUCCGGCCCUGAUACUAAUGCGUUACAGCGCGAGAGAUCUCGCUCGCCUCGCCGCGGUCGAUCAAAGAGUCCAGGACGUUCGGGCCGUCGCCGAUCAUACUCUCCACGGAGCCGGUCUCGCAGCCGUGACGACUAUCGUAGAACGGACAGACGCUCACGAUCUCCGAUGACUGGAGCAGGAGCGCCAGCGGGAGGACCGGGCUCGGGUUACGGGGGUCAGCCUCAGCGAUCAUAUGAGGAACGGGCUGCGGCACGAGAGCAGAUGAUGAACAACAUCCGCGACACCUCACAACAGGACCGCCGCGUCUACGUCGGCAACCUCUCUUACGACGUCAAAUGGCACCACCUCAAGGAUUUCAUGCGACAGGCUGGAGAGGUUAUCUUCGCCGAUGUUUUAUUGCUUCCGAACGGAAUGUCGAAGGUGGGCUUCUACACAAUUGUGGAAUAUGCUACAAGAGAGCAAGCGCAGACUGCUGUUGCAACCCUCAGCAACCAGAACCUGAUGGGCCGCCUCGUCUACGUUCGUGAAGAUCGGGAAGCGGAACCACGAUUUAUCGGAGCCACCGGAGGCCGCGGCGGGUAUGCCGGCAACGCAAUGCAAGGCGGCUACGGUGGAGCUGCUGGCGGAGGCGGUUACGGCGGAGUCGGCGGGGGUGCUGGUGGCCUUGGUGGUGGUGCCGCUCCCAUGGGUGGUGGCAAUCGCCAGAUCUACGUAUCCAACCUACCCUAUACUGUCGGGUGGCAGGAUCUAAAGGAUCUGUUCCGUCAAGCCGCUCGGAACGGUGCUGUAGUCCGAGCUGACGUCCACCUCGGCCCAGAUGGCAGACCCAAGGGAUCCGGCAUCGUCAUGUUUGAGCAUCCUGACGAUACCCGUAACGCCAUUCAACAAUUCAACGGCUACGACUGGCAAGGUCGGCUGCUUGAGGUCCGCGAGGACAGAUUUGCCCAUCCAGGAGCCGGUGGUGGAUUCGGCCGGGGCGGCUUUGGCGGUCGUGGCGGCUUUGGAGGCGGCUUUGGCGGCCGAGGAGGCUUUGGUGGUGGUCGCGGUGGAUUCGGCGGUGGCUAUGGCGGCGGACGUGGAGGAUAUGGCGGUGGUGGCGGCGGCGUCGGCGUCGCCCCCGGCGGAUUCGAUGCUGCCGGUAGUGCUGCUCCCACCACACAAGCACCGAACGCGUUCACCGAUUUCGCUACUGCAGGUACCGACCCGAGCGAGAUCAUCUACGUCCGAAAUCUCCCUUGGUCCACAAGCAAUGAGGAUCUCGUAGAGCUCUUCACAACCAUCGGAAAGGUUGAGCAAGCUGAGAUCCAGUACGAGCCUAGCGGACGAUCACGAGGUACCGGUGUUGUCCGCUUUGACAGCGCGGCUACAGCCGAGACAUCCAUCCAGAAGUUCCAAGGCUACCAGUAUGGAGGACGACCGCUCGGACUGAGCUUCGUCAAGUACCUUACCCCUGGUGCAGGUGGUGACAGCAUGGACACGGAUCAUGGUGGUCUCACCCAGGACCAGAUCAUGUAG